AUGCUCCGAUUGUUGAUCUUCUUCUUAUCGCUCGUUUCAACUACAGUAUACUCGAUAACCUGCACAUCUUGCGAAUUCCGACUUUUGCCACCGCAUAGCACCAAUUGUGAUGAGACUUGUGAAGGCGAUGUGUGUUUUAUAGGUGGGUGAAAUUUUCAGACAGAUUUUCAGCUUCUAGAGAAUCUCGAGAGCUUCAAAAUCUGAAAUUUUUUCCCUUUCGUUUUCUGUCCAGAAAAAAGAAAAACAAAUAUCUUGACGAACUUGUUUUGGACUUGUUUUUUAAUGUCUUUUUUUGGAUUUUGCAAAUUUAUUUACUCUAACUUCUGGAGACUUGAAAAAUCCCCUGAAUUUGACCCUACAGUAACCUCCAAAACUAGACUGUAGUUCAAUAAAUUAAAAUCUACAUGAUUUUUGAUGCCCGAAAUUUUAAUGAGCACUGAACUUUUUGUUUUGAAGUUAAGCCUAUUACUGUAAUUCUAUUUUCGGCAUAAAAAAGGCCCAGGAGAUUAUCUAGUUCAAAAAUCCAAGAAUUUUGGUCCGAAAUGAAGACUGGAGAAAAUCUGGAAGGCCUAGGAAAUUUCUGAAAUUUCCUGGGAGCCCGGAAGAAAUUUAGAAAGCCUGGAAAAAAUCUGGAAAGUUCAGGAGACUUCUGAAAUUUUUCAAAAAGCUUAGAAAUAUUCUAUAAGGUCUAGAAAAUUUUUCUGAAGCUUCUAGAAGCCCGAAAAAAAUUCUGGAGGGCUCAGGAGACUUCUGAACCUUCUAAAGGUUUUCAAAAAGUCUGGAAGCCUUUUUAGAGAAUCCCAAAAGGCCUAGGCUUUUUGAGAAAGCCUGGAACAUUUUCUGAAAAGCCCAAAAGAUCUACAACAUUUUUCCAAUCUUGAAAAUCCCCCAAAAAACAAUAAUCAAGCUCAUUUUCAAUUCCCAAUCUAACCUAUAAUUUAAAAAAAAGCUAUUUUUUUUGCAGUCGUCAACAAAUAUUUUAAUGGCACAAUCAACGCGGGUUGUAUGCAUUUACGAGAAGGUGACGAAUUCCUCAACAAAUCUGUCUGCCAAAGAUUACCGUAUGAUAAUAGAUGUGCUUGUAACACGGGAGAUAGAUGUAAUGAUCCAAAAGUCAAACUGUUCACUUAUAAAUUCACUGAGGAACCGGUGUUGGUGGAUUAUCAAUGGUUGCCGCAAAUUCAACCGCCGAUGCCGACUUGUGAGUUGGAUUUGGGGUGGGAUUCUGAAGUUCAGAAGUCCUAAUUUCAAUUUUGAAUGGUUUUUCUGAAGAUCGGAAAUUUGAAAUUCCAAAUUUGGACACUGAAAAGGGUUUCUAAAGUUCAAAAGUCUUUUAAAUAGUUUUUCUGAAGUUCAAAAUUCAGAUCGGAAAUAUGAAAUUCCAAAUUUUGAAUCCGAAAAGGGUUUCUGAAGUUUGGAAGUCUUAUGUUCACUUUUGAAUAUAUUUUCAGAAUUUAGGAAUAUUUUUAGUUUCAAAUAGUUUUUUUUUCUGAUGUUCAGAAUUCAGAUUUUAAAACUCAAUUUUUUCAUCGGAAAUUUGAUAUUCCAAAUUUUGAAUCUGAAAAUGGAUUCUGAAGUUCAGAAGACCCAGGUUCACAGAUUCUGAAUCUAAAUUUCUUCUGAAUUUCAGCACAUAAUUUUAUCUGAACGCUCUUUUUCCCGAACUCAAAACAAAUUUCAUUUCGAAAAAUUUCCGGAAUUUUUUUCGAGGUUGAAAUUUCUAUUUUUUUUUAUUUUUGGAAUUGUGAUUUUUAUUUAUUUUCGAUAUUUUUGGUUUAAUUUUCAAAAUUCUCUAAAACUUUCCUCAAAAUCUUUAACUUUCAGUCCAACCAAUCGAAGAAAUCCUAAAUCCUGAAAACGCCACAGAAAUCGAGGAAAAUACAGUAACCGAAAAUGCCACGAUUAUUUUGUAAGUUUCAGAAUUUCCCUCGAAUUUUCAUUCAUAAAUCCCAUUUUUUCCAGAAGAAAUGAAGACGAACUUACUGUCACCACAAGUGUUGGACUAAACAUCGGUGAAAAAUCAGAAGAUGUUCCUACAGUAACCCAAACUACAACGAGUACUGUACCAUCUGUGAAGCCUACAAGAGUUAUCGGAAGUAUUGAGAUGACAAAAGCUAACGAGGAAGCCACGCCCACUUUUGCCACGUCAUCAUCAUCGAAAAAUGUUAUUACUAGUGAUUCGAAAGUUCCAGAUUCUUCGAAUUCUCUAUCAUUGCUCAUAUCAGCUUUUAUUGUGAUUUUAGCGAUUUUUGUCUGA